ACUUGACAUGAAGCUAUAGUGACCAUUCUGUCUAGCUGACCGAAUUGCUUAUACAUUUAAGACGACGUAUUUUAUAUGGCCAUUACUUUUUCUAUAGUAUCAAUGGAUGCCAGAGAGCUCCAUUAUUACUGAGGUCUGUUAGGUUGUUAAUGCUGACUUUUCUUGUCCUGCCCUGUGCCAAGUUGUCAGCAUGGAUGAAGAAACCCUUGAAGCUGCAAUCGCUACCUAUGGGGCCCAGCUGCAGCAGGUGGAGAUGGCUCUGUCUGCUGGCCUGGACCCCAGUCAGCAACCAGACCUGCUCAAACUAAAAGAAGACCUUUGCCAGUUGAUAGAGCUCACAGAAGCCAGCUUAGUGUCUGUCAAAAAGAGCCGGCUACUGGCCAGCAUAGAGGACAGUAAUGGACUGCAAGUAAACACCUCAGAGGCCACAGCCGAUACCAGCAGUGGAAAUGGUAGUCUGGAUGCUGAGUUUGCUGCUUUUUACUCUGAAGUGGGAGAGUGUUCUAGUAGUAGCUUUGAUACCAGAGAGAAGGAUAUGGAAGAGGAAGGAAGGACAAUGCAUUUUGAAGAGGAGGAAGAAGAAGAAGACGAGGAAGAAGAAGAUCCACUUAGUGGUACAAAAGUGAGAGCGCCGUACAGGACGCCUUGGGGGACGCUGGAGUAUCAUAACGCUAUGGUGGUGGGAUCCGAACCACCAGAUGGAGAGGAGUCACAAGUAAAGGUGCUCUACAUCUACCCCACACAGAAGUCCAUGAAACCCUGUCCAUUCUACCUAGAGGACAAAUGUCGUUUUCAGGGUAAUUGUAGGUUUUCUCAUGGUGAGGUGGUGUAUGUGUCAGAGCUCCGAGAGUUCUUGGAGUGUGACCUCAGUAAUCUUGAAGAGGGCUCGUCCUGCUUGGCUCGACAUGAGGACGGUAUCUGGUACCCAGCCAAAAUAACAGACAUUGACAGUGGUUUCUACACUGUGAAAUUUGACUCACUGCUGUUGAAGGAUGCUGUGGUUGAGGCUGACAGCAUUAUCCCGCCUUUGAGGGAGGACGACCCAAUUUCUUCUGACUCAGACGAUACAGGAGAUGGUGACACUGUGGCAUAUGCAAAAGUUCUAGACUCGGCCGAGGAGUCUGCAGUAGAGUUAAGCAGUGCUAACUUUGGUGGCUGGGAGGCACAUACCAGAGGAAUCGGAUCUAAACUUAUGCUCAAAAUGGGCUAUGAAUAUGGGAAAGGCUUAGGAAAGAUGCAGGAGGGUCGAGUAGAGCCAGUGAUGGCAGUUGUCCUGCCGAAAGGUAAGUCUUUGGACGAGUGUGCAGAGCUCACCCAGAGACGCACGCAGAGCAAAACUGCUAAAGAUGGCUCACCAACUGGCCGUCCAAAGCGGCGCCGAAAGCCUCGAGUCACCACCAGAGGGAGCCAUACUGUCUUUGACUUUCUAAACCACAAGCUAGGAGGCAGGAGCUCAGGUCCUGCUGAUGGCGUUGCUGCUGCACCGUUGGCAGCAACUGGUCUGGAGGCUUACAGGGGAGGAAAAACCACCAAGAGGAGUCUGAAUGUCAAACUUUUCCAGGCUGCUCAGAGGGUGUCCCAGACUGAAAAGGAGAUCCAGAAACUCAGCGAGUUAAUCAGCAGACAGACAGGCAGGGAUACAUCCAGAGUGAAGCAGCUGGAGGAGAAACUGUCGGCAGCCCGACGCCUGCUGGCCCAGCAGAAAGCACACGAGCUGUCCGUCCAGAAAGAGCACAAGAAAGCCGACACACACAAGAAGAUGACUGAGUUUUAAGCUCGGUUUUCUCUAAGACUUGGCAAAGAAAGGGAAGCACUGCUUGCCUGAAAUUAACUGUUCUUGCUUGUGGUCACUUUGCUGCAUUGCUUUUUUUCUUUCUUUUUUUUUCUUUUUCUAAUUUGUGAGCUAGUAAUGGGGUUUGCUUCAUGCAGGGUGGUGCAGUGCAUGUCAGAUGUGUUCAGUGAGAAUGGUUUCAGUAGAUUCAAACUGCACAAUUAACAAUAUUGUUCAAAACUGAUUUUUUAUUUGUUACAAACUUGUUUUAUUUUUUUUUAAACAACAAAUUGUUUGGAGAACCUAUUAUGUAUUUUCAUUUCUUUUUAACAACUAAUCUUUACAAAACUGAACUCUGGUGAAAAGAAAUCCUGUUCCUCAUGAUUUGUGUUGUGCGUGUGUGUUCCUUGUUAUUUUUCCAUGGGAGAGAUGUCAGUCAUUUUGGCCAGAGCCUGCUUCCGCUCUUACUGCAGUUUACUUUGACUUUCAUACUGAUUUUAAAAUUACAUCCUCGGGAGUUGGAAGACCUUUCCAGAGUUUUGAAGUCACACCCACACCUCACACGGCUCAUACAAAGUAUCUUUGAAGCUACAACUAUAACCUUUCUAUUAAAUAAUACAUUUUGGGAGCAGCUUGUCUGCUCACCAUCUUGCCAUACGUUGUGUGUAGGUGGGGCAGGGAGUGACUGCAUCCACCUUGCAGUCUUUCAAACUCAAGUAAAAGGUUGCAAUCCCAAUGUUAGGCAGCUGUAGAUUAUGUAUUCAUACUGGUAUAGCUCCUUUUAUUAGCUAUUUCUCAUUUGAAUGUAGUGAGAGACAGCAGGGUGAGAUUUAAAACCCAGAACACCUUCGAUCAAAUGAGAGAAAGAAAAAAAAAAUAAGGUAUGCUGAGGUUUGCCACUGCCUGAGUCCAUGAAAGGCAGUUUGAGAAAACCACUGCCUCAAAUCACUGCAAUUCUACUAUCCCUUAAGGGAAAGAGAUAGUACUAAACUUCAUACUAAAGCAAUAAUGGCACCACUGAGAUACAGUAUGAGCCACCCAUGAAGUGUGUGGAUGGAAAGGAGAGAGUGGACACAUGUGCCAAACUAAACCUUUAGCUCUACCCUGAGGGAAGCCCCAUUUCUGCAGCAUGAGUUCUGUUGAGUGGCAGCACACUGACUGCUGGUGACUGGAGAGACAACAUGGAAUUUGCUGAUUGUUGAGGAAAAUUGUUAAAUGCACUGUGGUUGCAUUGAUUUAAUGGGAUCCUUCGGGGGUAUGUGCUGCACACCUUAUCCCGUAUAUGCGCCUGAGGUCUGAGGGAAUUGCUUCCCAGUCAGGCAGAUUCAUAGUGUGUGUUGUCUACAUUGUUGGGCUUCUGUAUGUGCUGCACACACCUGCAGAUGCCUGUCAUGUGUGGAUGCAGACUGACCUAUUAGGGGAGUUUUUGCUGCUAAUCGGCACUUAUCAGAACCUGGAUUAUGUGAUUAAGGAGGUGUGAUGGGAGAAUUGAUUGGGAAGCCACCUUGACAGAUGUUUUACUUAGGAAUUAUUGUAAAGCUAUUCACCUGAGAGUUGCAAGGCUAUCAGGGUUAGUCUCAGACUGUUCUUGAGUUUUGAACAUUGUAAAUUUAACAAACCUAUUAUUAGUUGUAGUUCUGAUUUUUUUAUAAGAAUGCGAACAUUACUGAGAUGUCCCUGAUCAUGACUUGUGUUUUUAACAGUACAAAUACAAAAGUACUGUGACCAAAAUUAUUUAAAGAUCCAGCUACAAUGCCCUUUAUCUUGCCAAUAACUUUGGAAAGUCAUUUGAACACCACAGAUUAUGAAAUGAUUAAUUAUAUAGAUCAUUCUGCUGAAAAGGAUUCAUGCAAUUAAGGCAGCUCUUGUGGAAAUUACAGCACAGUUUCAUUUUAAUAAUAAGCUUAUGAUCAAUCAUACAUUAUUUAGUCAAAGUUUAGCCACCUCUUGGAUGGCAUCUAUCAACUGGUGUCCUAUGUAAUUUCAUCUUUGGUGCUGUAUAACGUCCUAUACAUGUUUUUUAACAUUGUGAAUAAUGUCCUGAGCCUGGACAGAAACUUUCUCACAAUCUUUGCAUCAGUUCUGCUUCUUUUUCUUUGAUCACCAUAGUUGAUAUUUUACCUUUUGUUUUAACACCUGGAUCACA